CUGUAAAAUAUUAAGGUAUGCAUUUUUUGUAUUUCGGUUUUAUAUAGCCAGAAAUAGGCUGAGUUAACUCCGUCAGGAGUCAUGAUGUAGUAAGUGUUGAACUGAAAUAUCUGCAUUCACGUAAGAAUAGAACAACAUAGAAAUAUCCUUUAUGCUUAUAUGUUUUUUAUUUAUCAGGAUUUUUGCCUAAAUGGCACACAAGAUACCACCCGAAAAGAUCUUGUGUUUCUAGUUGCCUUCAGGAGUCACCUGCUCAAUAAAAAGAGUCCAGAUGUUUUUACUUUUAUUUUUAAAAUAUAAACACUGCGGUCAUAAAUUUAUUAGAGAACAUUAUUGAACAAAAAUGUAUUAGUGACAGAUCACACAUCCAGCUUUUAUUUAAAAGUGGCGAGACAAAAGCAUUCAGUGGAAGACAGCCGUCAGAAGUGCCAUUUGCAGUUUCCAGAAAAACGUAAAUGAUGGGACAUGGUGGUGGCAGCAUCAGGGUAUGGGGAUGCUUUUCUUUUACCUUGAAAGGGAAGCUGGUAGGUUUGUGACAAAAAUGCAAAAAAAAAAACAAAAAAAAAAGUUAAAAGUCCCAUAAUAAAAUGUCAUUUGUUUUCAGAGUCGUGGGAGAAGACAUGGGGAGAAAGAAAAUCCAGAUUUCUCGUAUUCUUGACCAGAGAAACAGACAGGUGACCUUCACUAAGCGUAAGUUUGGCCUGAUGAAGAAGGCGUACGAGCUGAGCGUGCUCUGUGACUGCGAAAUCGCCCUCAUCAUCUUCAACAGCACCAACCGUCUGUUCCAGUACGCCAGCACCGACAUGGACAAAGUUCUGCUGAAAUACACAGAGUACAGCGAGCCGCAUGAGAGUCGCACCAACACCGACAUAUUGGAGACGCUGCGCAGGAAAGGCCACGGCCUGGACGGCUCCGAGCUCGAAAGCGAGGAGAGCGCGCAGGCGGCGGCCGACAAGUAUCCCGGCAGCGACAGCAUGGACCUGUCUGUUGCUCGCCAGCGCUUCUGUCCUCCCUCUCUUCUGUCACCGGAGACUCAGUUCCUCGUGUCCGCCGGGUGUGAGAACGGUUUCCCCAACUCUUCGGCGCCCGUCGCAGCGUCCCACCGACCCCCCGGGUUUAAAGCUCUGAGCUCUCGUCCGAGUUCUGCGAGUCCAGCAGGGCCGCACGCAGCGUUCAUGUCCCCACAUCCAGGCAUCGGCUACUCCGUGUUCUCCCACGGCAACCUGAACCGAGCUCUGGACAUGAAAAGCCCUCCUCCACUGAGCCUGGGCAGCGAAAACCUGCGGGCAGACACUGCUAAUCAGGCCAUGGGGGCCACAAGAGUAAACCACAACUCUGCUAGGAGUCUGCUGUACCAGGGCCUGCACAGCAGCAGCUCGAUGGUGGCGAUGGGUAAAGCGGGUCUCCUGAGUCACAGUUUGGGGGGCUAUGGGCUUCCCCCUGCUGGAGCCUCUGAGUACAGCCAGCCUGGUUUCUUUCACUCUGUCAGCUUACAGCGAGGACCGGUGAAUCCCUGGCAGCAUGAGUCUCAGAGUCCUCAUAUCAGCUCAGGGAUGUCCAGCGGGGGGUGCUCCUUCCCACCCCAGUCUUGCUCCUCCAACUCCUCUCACCUUGCCUCCUUGAACCUCAGCAUCAAAUCGGAGCGAAGCUCGCCUGACCACAUGUGCUCUCCGUCCUCUCCUCGUCUGCACCACCUCCGGCAGCAUUCGCCCACGGGCAACGACGACGUGGCACGCCACAGCCCUCCGGAAGCCCACCCGGCCAACAGGACGAAGGAGCUUCCCAAAGCCGGCUACCCGCAGGACGGAGAGGAGCGAGGGCAGCCUGUCAGGCAGCUGGAGAUGAGCGACGGCUGGCAGAGAUAGCCAGCUGCCACCGCCUCCCGCUCAACGGCUGCCAACAAAACCCGACGGGGUCGAGAUGUUUUCUAGAGCGUCCCCCACCGACCCCGUUGGGGACGUCUCGUCUCGCAGAGCUGGGCUCUCCAGGGUGGGAAAGAAAUCCUCCCUUCAAGUCACUCGCUUGAUCCCACGAGGCGAUAGACGCAUACGGACUUUCUUCUUUUGAUUUAGAUUUUUCUGUGCUGAAACAAAAUACAGUUUGAUUAUGUUUUUUUUUGUUUGUUUGUUUUGCAGCUUUGGGAAAAUAGUUAAAGACUAGCUGAGUUUUCCCAGAAGUUUCAAGGUUUCUGAAAGUACAUUUGGCCUUUAAAACAGCAUCUCUUCCGAGUCCGGACUGAAACAAGACAUGAAGCACCAGUUUUAAAAACUAUGAAUAAACAUUGAAAUU